UCCGCGCGUCGCUAAACUUUACCCGGUAUUUCUCCACACACUCCAAAGCAUAGACACACGGCGAACCAUCACUGAUAACAGUACUAUGUGCUCGAUGCUAUCACAUAGCCGACGCUUGUAUUUCAGGACCACACCAUGGUUCACUCAUUUUUUUCCAAUCGUUGAUUAGCCCACUUAGCUAACUGUUGUUGUUAGCCGUAACCUAGCAGCCAAAGCGUCAGUGGAAAGCCGUGGACAACUGUUUCUUUUUUAAUACUUAUUCUAACUACAUGUGCUUUAAAUUGAGCCGAUCUAGCCUUCCGGGUCGAGCUUGGAUCAUGUGAGACUUUUGAUUCCAAUGUCAACUCCUUUUUUGACGUUAAAUGCGGUUUCUAACAGUGCCAAACAAGUCAUGUUUAUCUUCAGUAGUCUCAUAACAAAUAAAAAACAAACAAACAAACAUUUGUACUGUUAUAUCUGAGGUUUUUACCCACUGCUUACUGAACUAGUCAAGAUGCCUGACCUGGAUAAACUCUUAAGAAUAGACCCUGAGUCCCUGGUCAACCUGGAGAAGGAAGACGUGGACAAGGUGUUAGACAUGUUUCUUUUGAUGGAAGACUGGCAGGUGAAAGAUAAAGAUCCAGAGAGCAUCGGAAAAGUCCUCCACCUGUCCCAGGCCCUGAUGAAGUGUCAAGCUCGCCAAAUUUCUGUCGCCGUCCAGUUCCUUGAAAAAAUGGGUACAGAGCACGUGGCCAAAGAGAAGAACCUCCUCGCUAAGAUCUCGCGUCUGGAGAAAGAGCUGAAGGAUCACAGCCAAGUCCCAGAAUCCCGUUUUCUGAGAGAUGACAUCCAACAGAUGAAGACCCAGCUGGAGCAGAAGGAGAAUGAACUGAGCCAGUUAAAGAAAGACAUGGGCAACGAAAAGGAGAGCAAUAAGGAGUUGGCGGCGCGUUUAGAGGAGGCUGAGGACGAAGUCAAGAAACUGAAAAAGAAGAAUGAGCAGCUCAUGCAGGACGUGGACUUCUACCGCAGAGAGCUGGACGAGAAGGAGCAGAUGCCGUCCAGAGACGAGAGCGCCGAGAUGCAGAGGAAGCUCAGCACGGCAAACCGCCAGCUCUACCAGUGUCUGGAGGACCUUCAGCGGGCCGAGGACGAAAACAGCCAUCUGAAGAGGCAGAACGAGCAGAUGCAGGCCAGCCUGGAGGAGGCGGUGAAGGAGAUGGAGAAGAUGACAGACGAGUACAACAACAUGAAGAUGGUCGUCCAUCAGACCGACUCCGUGGUAGAUCAGCUCCGGAAGGAGCGGGAUGACGCCAAGCUGCAGGUCAGAGAGUUGACGGAUAAGAUUCAUCGCAUGACCGCCGACGAUGACCCAAUCAUGGCGGCGGUCAGCGCCAAGGUGGAGGAGUGGAAGAGAGUGCUGUCCGGCAAGGACGAUGAGAUACUGGUGUACCAGCAGAUGAUCCGCGACCUCAGAGAAAAGCUGCGCACGGCCCAGCUGGACUUGGACGCCAGCAACGUUGUUGCUCUGCAGCAGGCCGUCCAGGACAGAGACGAGCAGAUCAAGAUGCUGUGCGAGCAGCUGGAGCAGUACACGAAGGAGAUGGAGCAGAGCGCCGUGUUCAUGGAGGAGCUCAAGACUUCCACCAGGAAGGACAGAGGCCUGUCGUCGAGCUCUCUGCAGAAGAAGGUGGAGAACCUGAAGUCGAAGCUGGAAGCCGCAGAGAAAACGGCGGCGGAAGCAGAGCGAGCAGCGAAACAGGCAGAAGCUCACGCCGAGGCGAAAGAUAAGGCGCUGUUCGAGGCCAAUAACCGCUUGAGUCAGUACGAGUCUGGAACGUACGGGCUGAAAGCCGCCAUUGCCGAGAUCAAAGAAUGCAAAGCUCAAAUCAUGCUCAGAGACUGUGAAAUCUCGGACAUGACCAAAGACAUCAACCAGCUCUCCAUGAGAAUCAAUGACCUGCUGGAUGAAAACGAGUAUUUCAGAGAAAAACUGGGUCUGGAGCCAAAGCAGGAAGUGGAGCUGUCAGAAUUCAGGCAUGCCAAAAACGUCCAACAGCGGCAGUUUAAAGAGGAGAACCGAGUCCUCGCCAAAGAGAUUGAGCGGUUGGAGGAAGAGAGGCUGGAGCUCAAGAUGCAAAUCAGACGCAUGGCGAAGGAAAGAGGGCUGAGCCAAUCAGGCACGCAGCUGGAGGAGGACUCCCGGCCCGACCCAGUGAGCAGCACCGGCGUGGAGGAAGAGACGAGACGCAAGAAUGAAUACCUCGAAAAAGAACUGAAGAACAAGACCAGAGAGCUGGAACUCAACAAAACCCAGUUUCAUGCCAAAUUGGAGGAACUCACAAACGUGAAGAGCGACCUGGAGGCUGCUCUCAACGAUGUGCUCCAGGCAAUGCGGGUCUCCAAGGACACCAACCUAAGCGACGGCGCCCUCUCAGGGUCAAUUCAGGAAAGGCUGGCUCAUAUCACGGACGUGAGCGGCGGAAGUGAGGCGUCUGAGUCGGAGCCACACCUCAGGUCCCUGGUCCAGCAGCUGGUGGGGCGAAACCAGGAGCUGAGACUGGAGCUAAAAUCCGCCCGAGAGGAGGCGACUGGCAGCCUGGCUCAGCUGGCCAGAGCCCAGGAGAAGGUGAGCCGUCUGGAGGGUGAACUGGAGCUGCUCAGGAAGUCAGGCGGCGGGGCGGUCGCCCUCCGACCCCUGACCCUCCCUGCAGGCCUGGAGCCCAGCAGCACCGAGGUCAUCAGCUCGCUGAACGAGUACGCCGUCCGACUGCUUCAGGAGCUGAACAACAGGGAGGAGAAAAGCAAGACGCUGACUGGAACCCUGGAAGAAUACAAGGAGAAGUUUGCUGUUCUCAGCCACCAGCAGGGACUGCUCUAUAAGAAAUACCUGAGAGAGAAGGCCGAUUGGCAAAAGGAGAACGAGUCCUUUACAGACCUGAAGAACAAGCUGGAGGAGCAAAAGCAGGUGGACGACGUCAAAAUCCAAGAGUUCAACGAGCUGUUGGCGACUCUUCAGAAGGACCCAGAGGAAGUCAGGAGACAGCUGAGCGAGGCCUUCCGCCGACUGACGCUGCUGAAGGUCAACGAGAAGAAGCUGACGCGGCGCUACACCACCCUGCUGGAACAGGAGCAGCACCUCCGCAGCCAAAACUCCAGGCUGAGGGACGAGAGCGCCGAGAUGCAGACCGCCUACACCCAGAGGGUGGGCUUCCUGCAGCGCUACAAGGAAAUGGCUGCAUACAAGCUAGCAGCCUUGCAGAAGGCCCUGGAUGACAGCGUGCCGUCGUCAGACCUGGAGAGGGCCAACAGACAGUACACUGAGCUGACGGUCAAAUACAGAGACGUGCUGCAGCGGGACAGCCGCCUCAUCCAGAGAACCACCAACCUGGAGCAUCUGGAGAGUGAGAACGAGUCUCUUCAGGAGCAGAUCGACGUCUUAAAGAAAGAGCUGGAGAUCACAAAGGAGAAGCUUCAUACGCUGGAACAAGCCUGGGAAAACGUCGGUUCCACCGGUGGGAACCGUGACACGAACGGGGCCGACGGUGAGACGGUGUCCGCCGUGCGGCGGAUCACCACCCUGGAGAUGAAGGAGCUGAACGAGAGGCAGCGAGCCGAGCACGCCCAGAAGAUGUUCGAGCACACCAGGAAGUCGCUCAAGCAGGUGGAGGAGCGCAACGCCGAGCUGGAGGCCAAGUUUGCAGAGCUGACUCAGAUGAACAUGGAGGCUCAGCGGGUGGAGCGGGAGCUGAGAGACGAGCUGGCUGACAGCGUCAGCAAAGCCGUGAGCGACGCCGACCGAGCCAAGAUCGCCAAGCUGGAGAGAGCCGAGGCCGAGCUCCGCGCCGAGGUCGCAAAACUGAAGGAGGUGUCUGAUGUCGCUGUGGAUCAAGUGUCAGCUCUGCAGUCCAAACACGAGUCCAAGGACAAAGAAGUAGAAGCUUUGAGGAGGCAGUUGCUGGAUCUGCAGUCUCAGUCCGAUGAGAAGGCGCUCAUCGCCAAGCUCCACCAGGACAUCGUGGCCCUGCAGAUCCAGGAGUCGGACGCCGCGGCGCGGCUGAGGGCGGCCGCGUCUCGCCUCCAGCAGCUGGAGAGCCAGCAGCUGCGGGCCGAGCAGCGGCUGGAGGCCUGCCAGCGCGCCCUCUUCCUGGCCCGCCAGGAGGGCCGCAACCGCUCCAAGCACCUCCGGCAGACCGUCCAGUCGCUGCGCAGGCAGUUCGCCGGGGCGCUGCCCCUCCCCCAGCAGGAGAAGUUCUCUCUCGCCAUGACCGGCCUGCAGGAGGACCGCGCCAAGGCCCAGGAGGAGAAGAAGAAGGCGGUGGAGGAGAGGAGGAGGGCGGAGGGCAGAGCGCAGGAGCUGGAAGUGAAGCUCCAGGGGCUGGAGGAGCUCGUCUCCACGCUGAGGGACGCCAAGGGCGCCCAGAAGGUGAUGGAGUGGCACAGGAAGAUGGAGGAGGCUCGCCUGCAGGAGCUGAGGAGAGGCAGGGAGCUGGUGGCUCAGAGGGAGGAGAUCAAAUACCUGAAGAGCCUGGUGGAGGAGCUGGAGCGCACCGUCCGAGCUCUGGAGGAAGACAUUGUGCAGCAAAACACACUUCAGGAGGAGCGCCAGCUGGUCUGGGACCAGCGAGAGGUGGAGCUGGAGCGGCAGCUGGACCACUACGAGAAACAGCAGGAUGAAAUCCUGAGCGGCUCAGACAAGCUGGAUGAAGGAGCCGGAUCUCUACCGGACCCCACGCUCCCUCUGGCCCAGCAGCUGGACUUGGCUUUGGGUAAAGUCAGAGAGCACGCCCGCACCGUCCUGGAGACGCAGGCCACCUGCAGGAGUCUGGACAAGAAGCUAAAGGAGAAAGAAGCCGCUCUGAGGGCGGCGGAGCAGAGCGUCCUGUCCAGGGAUAAAGAGCUCAGCGAGCUGCGCCUUCGCCUCCCGGCAGCCGCCAGCAGGGAGCGCCUGCUGACGGACCUCUCCAGACAGGAGGAGGGCCAGCUGGGCAGCCAGCGCACCCUGAAGGUGGCUCACCAGACCAUCAGAGACCUGCAGGACCAGCUGGACAAGAAGGAAGACGUGCUGAAGAAGUACCGCAACCAGCUGACUCAGGCGAGACAGGAACAAGUGGAAAUGAUCAAGAGGCAUCAGGACGAGCUGAAGGCGCUGCACCAGAAGCUGGACCAGCACAUGGACAAGUCUCUGGACCAGUUCAAACAGACAGCAAUGGAACUGAUGAAGAAACCAACCAUCCGGGUAGCGACCUCCAAACACCUGGAGCAGCUGGCCGAGCUGGAGCAGACGGUGGCGGAGCAGGACGUUUCGCUCUGCUCCGUCACCGACAGACUGAAGCUGACCAGCGCCGAGCUGGAGCGCCAGAGGGCCGCCACGGAGAAACAGGCCAAGAUGCACGCAGAGGAGAUGUCAAAGCUGGAGGAGAACCACAUCUCUCAGCUCAAAGCUCUGACCGGUGACAACGAGGACCUGAAGAUCCAGGUGGUCCAGAUGGAGAAGGAGAUCGGUGACCUCCGGAUUGAAGUGGAGGCCCAGAAGGAGGCCAACGUGCGCUCCCCCAGCAACACCAUGAAAAGCCUGGUGGAGCGGCUGAAGGCUCAGCUCGGCCAGAAGGAGAAGCAGCUGAAGGCCCUCAGUAAAGUCGUGCUGGAGCUGCGAGCGGAGAUCACGUCCGCCGCGGAGCAGCAAGUCAUGGCGAGCGUCGCGCAGAAAGAGGAGAGCCUCAACGUGCAGCUGCUGGUGGACAGACACACCAGAGACCUGAAGGCACGGAUACAAGAACUCAACGAAGAACUUCAGGCUGCGAGAGACUCCGCACGAGCCCCCCGGGGCCGAGAGAGCAGCCUGAAGGAAGAGGUGGACGGCCUGAAGCAAGACCUCCAGAGGAGUCAGAAGGCCCAGAAACGUCUGCAGGCUCACAAAGAGGAGCAGGAGCAGGAGAUCCAGAGGCUGGAGCAGAAGAUCCGGAGGCUCACCAGUGCCCUGCAGAAUCAACCAGAACCAGAUGUGAAAGGGCCGAACGUGGAGAACCUGCAGAAGAAGAUCAGGAAGCUGGAGUCGGACCUGGAGAGAAAAACAGAAGCUGAAAGUGUCAGAACCGAUCAUGGAAAGACUAAAGAGGAAAUCCUGCGCUGGGAGGAGGGGAAGAAGUGGCAGGCCAAGAUGGAGAAGGUGAAGAAGACCCUGAAGGAGAAGGAGCUCGAGGUGGAAUCCCUGUCGAAGCAGCUCAGCACCCUGAAAGACCUCUACGCCCGGCUGGAGAAGGAGAAGGGCGCGCUGCAGAGGAAGCUGGGCGGCCGAGGCGUGACCACCGACCAGGUGGUGGGACUGCGGCAGUCCGAGCUGGAGAAGGAGGUGGAGGAGCUGAAGAGGAAGAACUCUGAGCUGGAGACUCAGAUCCUCACCGUCAGAGAGCACCAAGCUUUACCCCGUGACGACGCCAUGGAGAACCUGAUGCAGAGGAACCGCUUCCUGGAGGAGAAGCUCCACGUCCUGGAGAGCCAGGUCGCCAAGGAGUCUUCAUCAAGGCCGUCUGGGAAAAGCGCCUCUACCCAGACUCAGACGGGGAUCUGCUCCCAGACCUUUGAUGUUGAGAAUGGAUCACGCGUCCGGCCCGGGAGCCGUGAGGCCGCGGAGGAUUCCUCAGACCAGCAGAGGGAGACAAAGCAGAGUCAGGCUGACAGAGAAGCUCAGAGCAGGCCUGUGUCGGCAGAAGACGACCAAGAAGAGCCUCCGAGCCAAGACGAGGAGGAGCAGCCUGCGGCUGACAAGACAGACGUGUCUGCAGGGGAGGAAGCAGGCCCUGUGGAAGGAGACCACAGACAAGCGGGAGGAGAUGAGUCAGAAAGUAGAGCCAACAGCCCCGGUGGCUCUGAGGGGAGCGUGACGAAGGAUGAGAAACCCAAAGGUCCGUCAGAAAGUGUGGGAUCGGGGACGCCGUCGCCUUCACCGACAGGCGGUGAAACGAGUGACGGGCCAAACCAAGACGGCGAGCCGGACGGCCAAGACGAAGAGGGUGACGAUGUGGGGGUCGCGUCAAAGAAGAGGUUGAUGAAGCAGAUGAAGCUGAUCGAUGAAGAGUCUGAGAUCAUGAAAGAGGAGGAAGAGGAGGUGAAGGGUGAAGAGGAGGGUGCAGAACCAGAUGUGGAUUCAGCUGCUUCACCAACCAAGCAUGCAGAGAACUUCUCCAGUACAGAACGGGAGGAUCUCACACAAAAACCAGGGACCAGACCACUCAGACAUGUGAAGACGUCUGGACGAGGCACCGGCACCCCGUCCCAGAGAGAUCAGGACCUCCGGAAGGAAAACCUGAAGCUGGCCUCUGAGAACCUGGAGCUGCGUUUGCAGAACGAGCAGAACAUGAAAGACGUGCCGAGACUGAAGAAUCAAGUGGCAGACCUGAAGGAGAUGUGCAGCGCUCUGAAGAAGGAGAAGGCAGAUGUUGAGAAAAAGCUGGCUCAUAUACGCGGAGCCGGCCAGAGCGGCAAGACGGUGCCCGAACUUGAGAAGAUCGUCGGGUUGAUGAAGAAGGUGGUGGAGCGUGUGCAGAGGGAGAACGAGGCGCUGAAGAAAUCCGCCGCGCCCGCCGACCAGGACAGAGUCGCCGCGCUGGCGCAGGAACUGGACAAGCUGAAGGCUGACUACGACGCCCUGAAGAGGAGGAGCGAGGCUGAGCUGACGUCAAGACUCGAGGCCAAGACCAAAGGAUUGGAGAAGAUCGUGGUGGAAAAUGAACGUCUGCGUAAGGAGAUCAAGAGGGAAGUGGACGCUGCGGACCGGCUGAGGGCCGCCAAGACCAGUCUGGAGGUGACCAACGAGAAGCUGGAGGCCGAGCUGGAGGAGACUAAGCAGAGACUGCGCACCGCCUUGUUCAAGCCCCUGUCUGAGGGGGCCGAGAGUCAGCCGGGCAGGGCCGCCGUGGUCACCAGGAUGUUUGAGAACAAGAUGAAGGAGCUGGAGAGGGAGCUGUCCCAGAAGACCUCCAGCCUCUCCGAGCUCAGGCAGCAGCUGAAGGAGGCGACGGAGCGGGAGGACAGAGCCCAGGCCAGCGUCCGGCAGCUCGAAGAUCAGGUCGACGUGCUGAAAAGGUUUCCUGCUGCUGUGAAAACUGACGCAGGACUAAAAGAGCUGCAGGCUGUCAGGUUGGUCAACAGCGAGCUGGAGAAGGAGAACGCAGAACUGAAACGAAGGCUGGACGAGCGACUCGGGGAGACGUCUUCCAAACUCGGUCCCGGGAAGCUGAGAACCCUGCUUCAGGCGGCCGAGGCCGACCGAGCCAAACUGCAGAGCGAAGUCCAGAGGCUGAAGAAGGAGCUGGAGAACUUCGACCCCACCUUCUUCGAGGAGAUCGAGGAUCUGAAGUACAACUACAACCUGGAGGUGAAGCGGAACGUGCUGCUGGAGGAGCAGCUGAAGAAGGUGUGCGAUCGGUUCGGCGUGACGGCCGACAUGCCCAGCGUGUCCGUCAGCUGACGCUCCUCAAACACUGACUCACAUCUCAACCCUAGUUGACGUUUACAUAGUUCUGAAUCUCAGGCAGCUGUUUAUUUGUUGUUUUUCUACAUUUGUGGAAGGAGGAUUUUUUUAAAAAAUAAAUUCCAUUAAAAAAAAAAAAAAAAAAACAGCGUUUCCGUUAUUUAUUGUUCGUUCUGCAUACAGUAUGCUUUAAGACUGAAGCUGGUCGUUUUAAACAAUGUGGAAUAAAUAAAGUGCGACGAUGGAUGAGUUUCAGGUCACUCAUGUGGAAUCAUAGCCGAGGGGGUCCGGGGACGGGGGGAAGGGGGUAUGAAUCGUCUCUUCACGGCUCCAGGUGAACGUCCUGCAGCCGUCUGAAGCGGCGUCCCUUCACCGCCACGAGGGAUGCCAACAAGUCCUUGCUGUCGCUGAAGGCGUCGGGCGUCCCGUCCAGGCGGACGACCACG